AUGGUUUGUGGAGAUGAUAUGAGUAGUUUAGUCCUGCGAAGUCCACGUACCGAAGACGACGAUGACCCAACGAUUCACUACGGGCUGAUCGCCUCAGCCAACCACUUGAUGAAAGAGGCACUGAUCCGCGACAAACUGGCCGCAGAGAAAGACACUGUGUGCUUCGAGAUGGAGGCAGCCGGAUUGAUGAACCACUUCCGCUGUCUUGUGAUUCGCGGAAUCUGUGACUAUUCCGAUUACCAUAAAACAAGGAAUGGCAAGGGUACGCAGCUAAGGUCGCAGCGGCGUGUGCUAGACCGUCUUAAGCAGCUCGCCGAUCACAUCGUUCAAACCACAGACCGUGUUGACCGGAGCCUGGACCUUGAUAAACUGCCAAUUGUGCCCGGGGCAGAGCUGGACUCCUACAUGGAUCAACACGAAGGCUUUUAUCUCGGGGGAACCGGGAAAGAACUCCAUGGCAACGUCGUCAGCUGGGCGACGGCUUCACCUUUGCAGGAGGAAUGUAUCUUUAAGCUGAACGGGAUGGCAGGGACAGGGAAGUCCACCAUUUCCCGCACUGCCGCAAAGGUACUUAAAGAACGCGAUCAGCUAGGGGCAAGCUUCUUCUUCAAAAGGGAACAAGCAGACCGGACAAGUGCCAUGAAGCUUGUUCCAACUAUCACAAGACAAUUGCUACUCAGGUUGCCUGAGCUAUUACCUGAUCUACAUAAAGCAAUUCAGGACGACCCUAAUAUUACAACAAGAAUACUCAGAAUCCAGUGCGAAAAACUGCUCCUGGAACCUCUACUGGCCAUGGAUUAA